AUGCCAACCCUCACGCCCGGAAACGAGGCGAAAUUAGUCCUGCAGUACGGUAGUAGUUUGGCCGGGUACACGACCUUCUUAUUAAUCAUUACCAAGCUGAAUACUAGUAUUAUCGUCCUGGUCAACUCCAUUAGACUCAGCGACCCAGCGGGCUGGAUCCACCAGCUCAUCCUCGAGGCUAUUAUCGAGGCCAAGAAGCCUAACGACUAUGUCGCUCUCGCCGAGGAAGCCGCACUCUCAUACGCCAGCAGCAUCGCCGAGAUCCCUACUAAUUUGCAGAAGGCGCGCAAAGAUAUUCCACUACAGCGCCCUCUAUCCGACUUUACCGGCCUCUACUGA